CUGAAACCACCGGAGAGGAGCGUGCUCGUCCGCCUGGGAUGUAUUUCUUUCAACUGCAAUCACAGAAAAGGGUGAAGUGGACGCAGGUUUGAAGCCGUGGAGAGACUCGCGACGCGAGAGCAGCGGAACAAAGCGCGCGUCAGGCUGAACACCCGGCACCGAUCUGAGGUAAAUAAAUAUGACGGCCGAUCUUGAUGUUGACGUGCGUCUUCUGAUGAGCAACGACACCGCGGAUAGAAUCACGAACCUCGGGUGAAUUCUGGAGUCCAAUUAAUUGUGAUUUUUUUUUUCUUUCUUUCUUUUUUUUUUUUUUUUUUUUUUUUUUUUUUACCCGGAGGAAGACGGGGAUCUAAUCCAGGUGGCGCAUCUUUCUCCCCCCGGCUGCGCGUAAUGGGAGAAAAGUUUCGGACCUUGCAGAGGAGACGCACUCGCAGCAUCCCGCCGACGACGCGCUUAUUCUGAAAUAACAUGCGUGUCCUGCCGUUCCGUCCGCGGCUCACCAAGUUCAAAAGUGAAUUCAGACCGUUCAGUAUGACUUGAAAGCGGCCGUGGAGGUUAUCGGAGCUCGCAUCAAGCCAAUUAACGAUCCAUGCACCGCCGUCCCGAUUCGUUCAAAGACGCGCAGACGGACAUUAAUGAUCUAGAGAGGAUUUCUGCAGCGACGGCAGCAGCUCAGCAGUGAAAGCCUGAUCCCAUUCAGAGAGAGAGAGAGAGAGAGAUUCACCUGGAUGUCUAUGAUGUUGUGCCAGCUCGGGCAGAGGUGUGUGAUGGAGGUGGUGGUGCUGACCAUCCUGUCCUGGGUGACCGUGUGGGCGGAGGAGAAGAUCAUAUUUGACAGACACGCUGUCUACUGGAACAGCUCCAACCCCAAGUUUUGGCACGGAGAGUACAGGGUGGCGGUGAACAUUAACGACUAUCUGGACAUCUACUGUCCUUACUACGAGGGUCCCCCGUCCCACGGGCGCAUGGAGCGCUACAUCCUGUUCAUGGUCAACCACGAGGGCUACACUUCCUGCCAGCACCGGAUGCGUGGCUUCAAGCGCUGGGAGUGCAACCGCCCCAGCGGUCCUGACGGGCCCCUGCGCUUCUCAGAGAAGUUCCAGCUCUUCACCCCCUUCUCCCUGGGCUUUGAGUUCAGGCCCGGACACGAGUACUACUACAUCUCGUCUCCUCACCCAAACCAUGUGGGGCGAGCAUGUCUAAAGCUGAAGGUGUAUGUCAGACCUCCAGAUGGCUCGGGAUACGAUUCUCCGGAGCCCUUCCUGACUGACGGAGGUCCAAGCUGGAGGCCAGGGUCUGUGGCCCCGUUAGCUGCUCUGGCCUCGCUGCUCCUGGGACUCUUCUCCUGGCUGUGACCCCUCCUCUCCUUCUCUUCCUGGAGCUCCCACCCAGGAUCGCUGGGCUGGGCUGGCUGUCCCUCUAAGUCCACCACCCCUCAGGGAAGCCCUCUGUCUCCGUCCUCCCCUUCUCCCACCUCCACCUCUGUCCGACCACCAACCACCCCCACUGCCAGCCCCUUUCCAUGGCCCGGCCACGGACACCCUCCCCAGGCUUGGCUGAGAGGGUUGGGUCUUGAGCUGCGUGGGAAGAUGCCCUUCAUCUCUAAUCCCUGAACUCUGGGUGGAACAGCACCUCUCAGCCGAAAAAAAACACAAGGGAAAUGUCUCUGCACUCAUAUCAGGGGGUCCUUUUUGAUUUGACUAUUGACUCUCUGGCCACUGAUGGGGUAGAUGUAGCGGGCGGCUAUGAUUAAACUUGUCGUUCCAGAGCAAUUCCUAUCAUCCAAUCACGGCAGGAUGCAUUAAGCGAUAGGCCUGGAUGCACAAAAAUUGGAUUUUUUCUCACAUUGCUGUCCCACCGUCAAACCCAAGAAUUGGAAGUGGCCAGGCUUGCAUUGUAAUUGAAAUUCUAUACUAUCUGGACCCAAUCCAACCGCAACGAAAAAGAAAAAAGAGCACAAGUACGGAGACGAGGGGGGGGGGGGAGAAAAGUGACCCGGGCCUGUGCAGGAAAAGAGACGGGGAAAGAUUUGAAUGAAUAUGGCUGUAUGGGAGAUGUAAUAUUAUAUGUGUUGAUAUUUUCAGACACGGUCUAGAUUCACAGCAACGUGAUAUAAAAAUUUGGGUUCGGUUGUUUUUUUGUUUUUUUUAGGGAGAAGCUCAGACCAUCACAUUAAAAUGACAAGUGUAAUCAUAGCCUGUUCCAGCAGUGGGGCGGUGGGGGAGGGGGUGUGUGUGUGUUCUGGGUGGGUUUGGCGAGGUGUAUAUUUUCAGGUGGGAUGUGUUUUUGUCUUAUUCAUGUUUCUAAACAAAGCAUUUAUCACAGCCUGGCCAGCACGGGCAUCUUCAGCACUGUCUAAUGUCGGUUGGGUCGGGUGACUUCUGGAACCAUGACUUUCUCAUGUAUGAAUGUACCACCGGUCACCCACCUCUUUGUCUUUCUGUAUUACUAUGACUGUGGUCACUUACCUUCUCUUGGACUGGCAGGAUGAAUGGGGUUUUAGGGGGGAUUUUUUUGUUUGUUUUUUGGAGGGGAUGGUGAGGGGUGAGGGAGGAGGGGAGGAGGGGAGGAGGCAGGUGGAAGAUGGAUGGACAGGUGAGAAAAGGAGGCGACACUCAAGUUGCAUGACCACUGUGAGAAAAAAACAAAAAAAAAACAAAAAAAAAACAACCUUCAGAUCAAUCUUGUUUGUAAUGAUGAUAUAUUUUUUCAUGGGGGUAAAAAAAAAAAAAAAAAAUCAGAAAAACACCCAGCGACCGCUCUCUUGCUCUCCCUGAGAACUUUUUACAGACAUCAAAAGGGAAAAUUCAACCUCUCUCCUCGACGCGGUCCCUCCUGUCUGGCUUCCGCUCGUUGAUGGAUUAGCCCGGGCCGCGAGAUGAAUGGACCCACCGGGUGAAACUGACUGGAAAUCAGCCCCUCAGAGCCCGGGACCAGAUCGCAAUGGACGUAAACACUGACUUGAAGCUGGUCCCGGGUCUGAGGGUUAAACCAAUAAGGGAAGCGCAUAGACUGUGGCAAAUGAGGCGAGGUGUGUGUGUGUGUGGUAGCAUCACAAGAACACACAUGGGCAUGCACACACACACACACACACACACACAUACAUACAUUAACACAUACACACACACACACACACACAGUCUUUGAUAACGGGACCGUUCCUCUGAGCAUUCAUGGACACGACUAUAAAGGGAACGGCACAAAGAGAGAGUGGGAGCGGAGGAGGGAGGGGGAGAAAGUGUGUGUGCAUCAUGGGACUGAGACUUCUUUAAUGUUGGGGAAGUGAACAUAACGAGUCAGCACUGUGAACACACACGCGCAUACACACACAUGUACAGAUACACACACACACACGCGCAGGCAAGCUCAGACAUAUGUAGAACAAAGCACACGCAGCUCUAGACAUUUUACAAAGACAUGGCAUGCACAUACACACAUGUACAAAGACACACACAUACACACACACACACACACAAGAAACACAAACAAGGGGGAAGCACUACCUUCCUGGUUUCAUCUUAUUUUUGUAGCAUUUAAAAUCACUGUUAAUUACUCCUGUGUGGGAUGCAGUGAUGGGGUAUAGCCUGUGGAAGAUUAAAAAAAAAUGUGUUUUCUCUUCUUCUA